AUGGAUGAAGACGGUCUAUUCGCAGAUCUUGCACAAAGUGUGAGAGAUGAACUAGAGCCUAGUCUCCAUACGGUUAGUUGUCGAAGUGGGCGUCAAAAGCAAAAACAUAUUACCGUUCAAAAUAUUACCCUGACUGAUGAAAGGCCUUCUGAUACAGCCACUGGAAAUGAUGAUACCCGAUCCGAUUCUAGCCAGCAAUCCGAUAAGGAAUUUGGUGUGAAUAAUGAUAUUUGGACACAAUUACAUAACGAAUUGAUAGGUGAACGGGAUGCGGUUGAUGAUCUCGAUACCCCAUUAUUUCCGGGAGCUGCCGUUAACGUUCGACAAUACCACAAAAAUAUCCUUGAAUUCUGCAACAAUGUGCGUUUAGAAGAAGCGAAUGUGACAAAACUGUUGAAACUGAUAGAACUAGCACUACCUGUUCCUCAUCAAUCAAUGACAACGAGCACAAAACUAGUAGACCUAUUUCGUGAAAAGUCGGCGUUUAAGGAAACCGUUCGUUACUCGAUUUGUUUUGCCACUAUUGAUGAGAACACCAAGUGUACAACAGGGUGCCGACAAAACCAGUACAAACGAGAAUCGAAUAACAUAAUUGAACACGUCACUUGCUCAGAUGAUACUGAAUUGAUUCGUACGAUAAGGCGUAACAAAGAUUUAAUCAAAACCUACCCGAGAAAAGUCGCUCAACUAUUACCAAACGAUAUUCUAACAAGAGCGAUAUAUCAACAAAAAUUAGUUGACAAUAACUGUUUGAUCCCUGGACGAUACCCGGUGUCUCUUAUGAUUCACAUCGAUGGUGCACCACUCGUUCGUUGGGCAAAAAAACAAACAUGGCCCGUGAUGGCUGCAGUGUGUGAGAUUCCGCCGCCACUCAGAGAAAAUCAAACAAAUAUAAUAUUAUUGGCACUCUGGAAUGGACCAGUCAAACCGGAUAUUGACACUUUAUUGCUAGAUAUAACAACAACAUUGAGAAGAACAAUCAUCAUUGAUAACGAUGAAUAUGUGAUUGACGUUCAGUUAUUCAAAGCCGAUGGUCCCGCACGUUCAUUCGGACUAAAACACAAUUUGCACAACGGAUAUCAUGCAUGCGUUGAGUGCGAUCAACAAGGUGUACGAGAUCCGAACGCCAACAUCAUGCUGUAUCCACACAAUCAAAAACCGGCUAACCUACGAACACCUGAACUUAUCAAAAUCUGUGCCGAAUUAGCUGUCAAAGAACGAAAAGUGAAUGUGCUGGGAGUACAAGGCAUCAGUCCUCUCUCUCAUGUAUUAUUAAUUCCGUAUCAAAUCGAUAUAGACGUCAUGCACCUAUGUUUCAUUGGUCAUGCAUCAACACUGUUAGAGCGAUGGGAGAAGAUGGUGAAUAAUGAUGCAUGGCAAAAUGGAACAAAUUUAUUACAGGAGAUCAGAUGGCCCCACAAUUCUGAUGUAGAAUUGAGCUCACUGUCCGAACGGAGCUAUUGGAAAGCUCAUGACUAUCGUUCUUUUUUCUUACGUAACAACAUCAAGUUCUCGCGGACAAACUCCCAUUUUUCCUGGGAAAAAGAUGAAGUUAUUCAGGAGCAACAACGAUUUCUUUACGAAGAACCAUCAAGUUCUCGCGGACAAACUUCAAUUUCUUCAGGAAAAACAUGA